AUGGCGGCGCGGCAGCCGCUGACUUCACGCGUUACACAACUGUCAGAAACAUUUGAAGGUCAUCACGAAUGCAUCUCUGCAUUUGCAGUUCUGCCCGACGGACGACGUAUGGUCACCAGUUCGAGGGCCCACAAGACACUUUAUCUGUGGGAAUUGACGACGAAGAGAUUGUUAAAGCGUCUAGUAGGGCAUCCCAGUGAUGUGUUUGGACUUACAGUAUCACGAGACGGGAGAGUGAUAGCAAGCUGUGAUGUCACUGGAGGGAUCAUUCCUUGGAACGGAGAAACUGGAGAUUGUCUGCUUACUAAUUCUAAAGCCAAGAUCACCGCUACCCAAAAUGGGUCCACUUCCCACAUCAACUCUGCUGCUUUUCCAAUCAUCUCAGCCUACGAGUCUACUGCAGUCCUAUCGCUGGACUUUUCUGCAGAUGGAACAAUUCUGGCGAGUGCGGGCGACCGUACAGUGAAGUUUUGGAACACAAUUACGUGGCAGCAACAAACUGCCACGAUCACUCCGAGUCCUGAUGCAGUUGUCUGCUGCGUUCGGUAUUCGUCGUCUGGCGAAUAUCUUGCCAUCGCGACAAAGCAGGAUCAUGCUCAAAAUAUCUUCAUUUAUAAUCCAGUAACAAUGCAGCUUAUCAAUAAGCUCAAUGGCCACUCGGGUGGCACCCUCACACUCACGUGGACGUUGCAGGGAGCAUACCUUCUCUCUGGGGGCGGUAAAGACGACCCUACCAUUCGGGUGUGGGACGCAUCGAAGGGGAACGAGAUCUGCUCCUUCCGUGGUCACACUGAACAGAUCAACGCCAUUUCUGUCAAUGAGUCCAACACCAUUAUCACUUCCACAUCUCGUGACAAAAGUGUCCGCCUCUGGCCGUUCCCGAUCCAAUCCAAUACACUCAAGCUCUCUACCGGCGCGUUUUGUGACACGUUCUCCGUGGAUGGCAAGUACGUAUUCGGCGUAGGCGAUGACCAGAAGAUAUCACAGUGGUUACUACCUUCGAGACCGGUACUGACAAGAAUUCCAUUGGAUCAUGCUAUUAGACAGAUCAACUUCACCAGCACUAUGUCCAAGGCCGCCCUCAAUGCGUUUAUUUUUGGGGGCUUGUCAGACCUGUUGAAGGCUGUGGAGAUAUUCACAGAAGCAAUAACGGCAGAUGUUAAGAACUACAUCAACUAUGUGCACCGCGCAACUUCUAUCAGCAUUCAACGCUCAACGCUAGGCCUUAUGUUCAAGAGCAUUGCUCUCUAUGGAAAGAGGCAGAUUAAGGAAGCGAAUAGGGCAUUUGAUCGCGCGUUACAGUUUGCGACUGGAGAUACAACAACCCAUCUUCUUCUUUUGAUCAAGGCUAUUGCAACAUUCAAUGCACAUGAAUACGACGAAGCAAUCAUGUACGUUAAAGACAUGGCCGAGGCUUCUUUUAACCAUGGUGCCGAUCUUCUUGUUUGUAAUAUCGUGCUAACAUACUUCUACGCCGAAAUGGCAUUUGCUGCCUCAGAGAGCAACAUUCGCGAGAAGGCCAUCGAGUACAUCACUACCGCUCUCAAAAUAGCAACUACCUGUUCACUUGAGAAAAUAGACGUUUCCAUAUACACAGAAUUCGACGUGAUUUUCGGGUGGAACCUUAAGUCAUUGUGGCAAAAGAUAAACAAGUAUCGCUGCCUUAUACUCUUCCGGACGUGUAACAUCGAGGCGCUCGAGUGUUACCGAUUAUUGAUGGAACCAUGUGACAAAGCUGAGAGGGAAAGCUUAGUUGCUUGGUUUGCUACUUACAAGGGUGUAGGGUGUAUGCCGCAUGCAGCUCAGAUACAAUCAGCGGCAGAUGUAAAGGCGAGCAAGAAUGCAGAAGAUGAAGCCACAAAAGCGAGCUUAGAAAGAAAAGUCGCCGAAGCAAAUGUGGAGAGGAACACAAAGGUGGGAAGCGUCGCGGAUGAUAAGAUGCAAGAAAAGAUCAAAAAAGCGCUCGACCGUCUUCCAGAGGAUCGCAAAUGCCCUCAGGGAUAUGCUUGGGACCAACAUUCGUUUGGGUUCAUGUGUGCGGGGGGUGGACACAGCAUUUCUUGGAAGGAAUUGGAUACAUUGGCUAGCUCGGAUAACUAG